AUGGCAUGGCUGCACAUCGCAUUCAUUUGGACCUCCCUUACUAUGAAACCAGCCCAACCACCGGAUUGGGAGAGGAAGGCUUUCAUAGCCACCUGGAACGUGACAGACCUGUGCUUCCUGAGGUACGACAUCAUACUGAACCUGGAAAUGUUCCAUGCGAUUGGAAACCCAUUAGCUAAAGCAAGAGGGCAGAAUGUGACCAUAUUUUCUUUUGUUAGGCUCGGCUGUUACCCUUGCUACACAUCACAGGAAGUCCCUGUUAAUGGUGGCCUGCCCCAGGACUUCAGUUUGCAAACUCAUCUGGAAAAAGCUGGCCGUGACAUUAACUAUUACACCCCAGCUACGGACUUCAGAUUAGCUGUCAUAGACUGGGAGCACUGGAGGCCUCAGUAGGCCUGCAACUGGGAUGCAAAAGAUGUCUACUGAAGAAAGUCCAGGAAAGUCGUAACGAAAAUGGAAGGGAAUAUUUCAGCAAAUGAUGUUGAACAUUUAGCCAGACUUUCCUUUGAAGAAAGUGCAAAAACUUUUAUGAAGGAAACAAUUGCUUUAGGAAUGAAAAGCAGACCAAAGGGCCUAUGGGGAUACUGUUUAUACCCUGACUGUCACAAUUACAAUUUCCAUGAUCAGAACUACACUGGUUCUUGCCCAAAGAGUGAAGUUUUGAGGAACAAUGAACUUUCCUGGCUCUGGGAUAGCAGUGCAGCCCUCUAUCCUUCCAUUGGCAUUAAGAAAUCUCUUGGAAACAGUCAAAACAUUUUGCACUUUUCUCAGUUAAGGGCGCAUGAAUCCAUACAGAUUUCCUCCAUCACAUCCCAAGAUUAUGCUUUGUCCUUACUUGUGUAUACUUGACUAGGUCAUAGAGAUGAACUUUUACUAUUUCUCUCUAUGCAAGAUCUUAUUAACACUAUCGGAGAGAGUACCCUGGGAGCUGCAGGCAUUGUCAUUUGGUGAGAUAUGAAUUUAACUUCUUCAGAGAUACUCUAUGGCCUCAUCAUGACGUCUCUACGGAAAGUGACAGAUCCAGGUUUGAACCAUUUCAAAAUCAGGAGGAAAGUGGAUUCCAGUGAGUUACUGCACAGAGGAAUGCUUUAG